UAGGAGUUAAUAUUAUUUUGUUUUCAUUUGACUUUCGGAUUUAUGCACGUUUUUUAAAAACAUUAACGUGGUCUUUUUUUCGAUUCAUUUACCAAACAAAUUCCAAUUUGAAGUUUUUUCUACUAUUUGCUUUACCGCAAAGAUGUCUUUAAUGAGAUAUAGCGCCCGUUCAUCACUUGCUGGAGCAAUUUUACUACGGAUGAAACAUGAUGAAAUGCACCGUAACAGUAAUCAUUCCUAUUGGUAUAAAGUGAACCUAAAACGAAUUCCUGAACACAUGCACAAGAAAUUUUACUGUUUGCACCAAGAUGAGGAAACCAAAGAAUUCUUAGAAGGUUGUUAUGAAAAAGCUGACUGGAUUUUUACUCAGAUUUUUUACUCCCUAUUUCGAUCAGUUUUAAGCUGGUUUAUGACCAAUACUUCAAUUAAUGCGUAUUUAAAUCGCGGAUCAAUGUUUGUUUAUUCUCAAGCACAUUUUAUGAAAUUGUUAGGGUUAAAGGAAACAACAGUUUUUGAAAAUUUAAUCGAUUUAGGAGCCGGUGAUGGAAUGGUUACCAAAAAAAUGGCUAGCUACUUUAAAAAUGUUUAUGUAACAGAAGUCUCAAAUCAGAUGAAAAUACGGUUAAAAGAAAAAGGUUUCAUAAACCUCGCGUUGGAUAGGUGGGCAAAUGGAGACAUAAUUUACGAUGUGGUAACCUGUCUGAACCUGCUUGAUCGCUGUAAUGAGCCACUCACCAUUUUGAAACAAAUAAAAGGUGUUCUUCGGCCAGGAUCAGGAAUACUGAUUAUCGCCCUUGUUUUCCCUUUUAGUCCUUACGUGGAAGAAAAUUCUGUGGAUCAUACUUCUGCUGAGAAAUUAGACAUUAAAGGUUCUGGUUUUGAAGAACAACUUGUAAGUUUUGUUGACAAUGUCUUAGAGCCCCUCGGCUAUGAGUUGAUAACAUUUUCACGUGCUCCUUAUAUAUCAGAAGGUGAUAUUUCAACAUCCUUUUAUGUAAUUGAUGAUGCCAUAUUCAUUUUGAAACUCGCUGACAAUACUACAGAAUACUGCAAUAAUGACAAAUAACAUUGAUGAACGAAAAAGGAAGACCAAAAUAUCUAAUUUUAUAUAUAAAAAGCAAAAAAAAAAAAAAAAUAUAUAUAUAUAUAUAUAAAAUAUAAUGGACCAUAUUUGGCUCAUGUUAUACGAUGCAAAAGAUUCCAAUGGAUAUAAAACGUCAGAACUAAUUUCAUCCCUGUCAACAAAGUAUAAGUGGGAUGAAAUCUGUUUAAAAUUUCAAUAAAAACUGAGUGAUGGAAACUGGGUAUGAUACUGAAACAGUAUUAAUCUAAAUAAUGGGCAAUAUUAAUCUAAAAUGUUGCUAGCAUCAAAAUGGGAAGCAUUCUAAGGAAUGGCCAUUUUACGUAUAAGGCUUCUAUUGGGUCUGAAAUUAUUUAAUUAUUUUUCAACUGUACCAAGCCACUGAAUCAUAGUGGAAAUUAUACAAAUCUACAUUCUUCAAAAAAAAAAAAAAAAAAAAA